AUGGAACAAACAAAAACAAUUAUUCUCAACCGCAGCAUCAUUUUGCUUUCAAAGCAAUAAUCUCAGAAAACCCACCAAUUUUAAUACUUAAAAAAACACCAAAACAAAAACGUUUUCAUUUUUAUUUCAAAAAACCAAAACUUUCCCAUAAAAGCUAUACACUUGUUUGGGAUCCUAGAAAAACCAAAAUGGAGAAAAUGGCGCAAGGAUGGUUCUCUGGGAUCAGCAGCAGCAGUAACAGUGAAGAGCAGCAGCAAAAGCCUUCGUCGUCUCUGUUAGCAGAUUGGAAUUCUUACGCGGCUGCUCAAUCUCCCGAGGAGAGCUCUAAUUUGGGUUUGGGUUUCGAUCUCGAAUCUGCCGUCAGGUCCGCAAACGACACCGUUUCCGGAACUUUCAGUGUGGUUUCUAAAGGAGUGAGAGAACUACCUGGGAACCUACAGUCUGCCACUAGUGCCGUCCCUUCUGGAAAAGCACUUAUGUAUUUUGGUUUGCUUCUGGCAACUGGGGUGUUCUUUGUUUUCAUUUCAUUUACCAUGUUCCUUCCUGUCAUGGUGCUAAUGCCCCAGAAAUUUGCCAUAUGCUUUACCCUUGGGUGUGGCUUUAUUAUUGGGUCAUUCUUUGCAUUAAGAGGCCCAUCGAAUCAGCUUGCACACAUGUCAUCAAAGGAGAGACUUCCUUUGACAUUGGGAUUUAUAGGCAGUAUGGUGGCUACCAUAUAUGUUUCCAUGGUGCUUCACAGCUACAUACUCUCUGUGCUCUUCUCUGUGAUUCAGGUUCUCGCACUCAUGUACUAUGCUAUUUCAUACUUCCCUGGUGGAUCUGCAGGGAUGAAAUUCCUCUCAUCUGCUCUUACCUCUUCAGUAAUGAGAUGUUUUGGAAGGUGACCUUGACCUUGCUCUGUUUAUGGUUGCUGACUUGUAUAUCUCUUACUUUAAUUUAGAUCACUGUCAGUGUUAGUAGAAACUUUGGAAUGGCAUGAGAACUCAGCUGAUUGAUUGAUGUACUUUGCCUGCAAUGCAUUUAAUACGAAAAUUUCAAAAUUCCUGAUAAAAGCAAAAGAACAUGAUCAAAUUUUAUUC